AUGCCCCAUUCAGCAACGUUACAGGAGAAGCAGAGGAGAGAAGAGCAUCAGCAACGAGCGUACGAGAUACAGCUAGCCGGUGGCAUGCAGGGAGCAGCAAGAUGGACAGUAUACGGGACGAUAGCUUGUGCUUUAGGUCACUAUUCUUAUCCGCCUUUUGCGCGUCAGACGUUAGGUCUGAAGGCUUUUCUUGUCAGUUCAGCAACGAUAUUUGGUCUGGUCGUAGGAGCAGAUAAUCACCUACUGAAAUAUGAAACACAUCUUCGAGAAGCUGAGAACGAUAUACGUCGUCAAGCAAGAUCAGAAUUAGCUAUGCAGGGGAUAAUAGCGUCAGAGACGGAAAUAAGGAAAUGGAGGGAAGCGAAUAAAGAUAAAUUGGAAGCUCAGGCGCAAGCAUCAGCAGCGAGAACAACUUCGUCAUGA